GUAAGAAAGAUCAUUUUUAAAUCUUUCAUACUUGAUCGAAUUUCAUAAAGAAUAAUACAAAAACUUCAUAAGUGGCCUCAUGAACAGUAGUUUGAUGCCAUAUAUAGAGGAUUCUUCUUUAUCAUGCAAAAUGUUUAUGAGGGUGCUUUUCAUUAUCUUUUUCUUUUUUUUUUUUCAAGCUAUCCCAUUGUCCCUCUAUAAAUAUAAUAGCUGUAUUUAAAAGCAUGGUAGCUCUAAUCAACAUCUUUAAUAAAUAUAUAUAUAUAAUUUGGUAUAAUAUUGAAAAUUAAUUAAUCAAAUAAUUAAAAUUAGGUCAUCAUGAUCAUGAUGAAGAUCAAAUACCUUGUUUGGCUCUUCUUCAUGAUUCUUUGCAUUGCUGCUAAUUCUUCAUGCAAAUCUGAUAACCAGCUGAACAAACAACUCAAGUAUGAGAAUGGUGUAGAGAUCAGUUCUGAAUUAUCAACCAGAGAGAUCAAUGACUACCAUCAGAAAUUAGGGUUAGCAGAUCAAAGUGAAGAUGGUCAUGAUGAUGAUGAAUUGAAUUCUGUUGGAAAAGCAAAGCAAGUGUAUGGUGGAACUGGAGACAUGAUUAAAAAGAAGAAGAACGGCCAAAGUGCACCAACAUCAUCAAGCCCUAAACAACUCUUACUUGGAUUUCUUCUAUGUCUUAUAAUCUUCUUUCCAUUUUGAGACUUAAUUUUGGGAUUCACUUGUUGUAGUUUUCAUGAACAAUGAAAGGUUUUCUUCCCAUGUUCAAAGCUUUUAAUUGUUUAGUUUUCAUAUGUAAAACCAUUUAUGUAGAUAUAAAUAAGGGAAAUUUACAAAA